UCGAGCCGGCGGCUGCUUGUUUCAGUCCCACAGCACAGUGUCUGAGCCUCAGCAAUGGGAACACUCCGCCUGGGAGCUGGUUGCAUCACACUGCUCGCUGCCCUGUGCAUGACCACCGUCUGGGGUGAUAAUCUCUGUGUAUCAAGAGGAGCAGCAACGUGUGCAGAAUGUUUACAAAUUGAACCAUAUUGUGCCUGGUGUUCACAAGAGGACUUUGGGAGCAGCUCUUCACGGUGUGACCUCAAAGAGAAUUUAAUCCAGAAAGGUUGCGCAGAGAAUGCGACCGAGUAUCCCCAGAGUUAUUUCCGAAUUGAGAAGAACUUGCCCCUCAGCAGCAAAGGGUCAAGUGACAAUCCGGAGGCGAUUGUGCAAUUUUCUCCUCAAAAGAUCAGCCUCAGCCUGCGUAGAGGAGAAUCCACAUCAUUCACAGUCCAGGUUCGUCAAGUGGAGGACUAUCCUGUGGACAUUUACUACUUAAUGGAUCUCUCAUUCUCUAUGAAAGACGACUUGAAAACCAUUCAGGAACUUGGCACAAGGGUGGCUAAAGAAAUGGCUGAAGUCACCAGCAACCUGCAGCUGGGCUUUGGAGCUUUUGUCGACAAGCCAGUCUCUCCAUAUAUUUACAUGACCUCAGAAGCAGAAAUCGAAAACCCCUGCCUUCAACUUAGCACCUCGUGUAGACCUGUCUUUGGAUUUAUAAAUGCACUCAAACUGACGGAAGAAGUGGAGAAGUUUAAUGAGGAAGUAAUUAAACAGCAGGUCUCUCGAAAUCGCGACACACCAGAAGGGGGGAUGGAUGCCAUACUCCAGGCUACAGUGUGCACGGAUGACAUCGGUUGGCGUCAGGAGGCCACACACAUGUUGGUCUUUGUUACUGAUGCUGGCUCACAUUUCGCACUGGACGGCAGGCUGGCUGGUAUCACCCAGCCUAAUGAUGGGCAUUGCCACAUGAAUCUGAACAAUGAGUACAAUGCCUCCACUAUCCUGGAUUACCCAUCACUUGCUAUGCUGGCUGAAAAACUCACGGAGAAUAACAUCUUUCUGAUCUUUGCAGUCACUGGUACGGUCACUGAGAUAUACAGGAGUUAUACUAAAAUGCUUCCUGGUUCUACAGUUGGGACUAUUUCCAGGGACUCCAGCAAUGUCCUAGAAAUCAUCAUUGAUGCCUAUCAGAGAAUCCGCUCCAUUGUAGAAAUGGAAGUUUUGGAUCUGCCAAAGGAACUGUCAGUAACCUUCGAUGCUCACUGUGGGGAUAAUGGAUUUUUCCCAGGACAGCGAGUCUGCUCCGGGCUGAAGAUUGGAGACACAGUUAAUUUCACGGUGAAAUUGGAAGCCAGGGAGUGCCCAGUCGGUGAAAAAGUGAAGACCUUUACGGUGAAACCCAUUCUGUUUCGGGAUUCCCUGGAGGUGACAGUUGAUUUCAACUGUAACUGUGAGUGUGAGAAAGACGCUGUAGAAAACAGCACUCGGUGCUCUAAUGGCAAUGGGACCUACGAGUGUGGAGUGUGCAAGUGUCUCCCAGGCCGCCUUGGACCAUCCUGUGAGUGCACAGACAGUGACUUUUCAGUGACUGAAGAGGCCUCCUGCACCCCAGAGGGAGGCGGGCCCAUUUGCAGUAACCGGGGGGAUUGCUUCUGUGGACAGUGCAUCUGCCACAACAGCGACUUUGGGAUCAUAUCCGGCAAGUUCUGUGAAUGCGAUGACUUUUCUUGUGGACGCUUCAAGGGCGAGCUGUGCUCAGGGAACGGCAGGUGUGAGUGCGGAGAGUGCAAGUGUUUUCCAGAUUGGACCGACAGUUACUGCAACUGCACCAUUAAGACUGACGACUGUGUGCCCGCUUUUGGGCUGAUCUGCAACGGGCGAGGUCACUGCGAAUGUGGGAAGUGUAUUUGCACUGGUGGAGCAUUCGGAGACCAGUGUGAAAAAUGCCCCACCUGCCCAGAUGCCUGCUCCUUCAAAAGGAGCUGUGUCGAGUGUAAAGUGUUUGAGACUGGGAAAUUGAUGGAGAAUGGCACGUGUGACAAGGUAUGCAGGGAUGAGAUCCGAAGAGUGAGGACGUUGGAUACAGAAACUACAGAUGGUAUCAUCUGUACCUAUAAGGACGAGAAUGGCUGUGUUGUUCGGUUCCGUUAUCAUGAAGAGUCAAAUGGAAAAUCGAUUCUGUCAGUUAUUGAAGAACCAGAGUGCCCCCCACCAGUGAAUAUCCUGCUGAUUAUCCUGUGUUUGAUGGGCGCUAUCCUGUUGUGUGGUUUGGUGGCUCUAUUGAUGUGGAAGUUGCUGGUCACCGUCCACGAUAAGCGAGAGUUUGCUAAGUUUGAGGCAGAAAGAGCCAACGCAAAGUGGAAUACGGACAACAACCCACUGUACCAAGGACCAACGACAACCUUCACAAAUUUCACCUACACCGGCAACACAGACUGAGGGGAGCAUCAGCAUGGAGAGGGUUACACAACCCACAGCAAGGAGAGCUUCAAAUGGGCUGCAUGGGGCACAAAAACCAAGGGGCUUAGCGUUUUAUUUCUGAAUGAAAUGGCUUUCCUUUCACUAGCCAAUGUCGCGCUGGACACAGGCACAACUUCACUCUGUAAAGCCUACCUUCCCUCAAUAGUGGGUCACUCGACCUAGAAACGGCACUGAGACACAGUUAGGUGGCACUAGUGUAUUUCAUCAGUAGGUGUUUGAACCUGCCACAGUGAAGAUUUCUGAUAUCUGAACAGUCUUUCUGAAGAUCACAAUAGGUCAGUACACUGCAGCAUGUACACCUUCACAAAGGGUAUUGAUAGAGCAAAUAAGACAAACCAAUUUCUCUGACUGGUAGUUCUGUAACCAAAGGACAGAAUUUUGAAGUCAUUGUCCAAGGACCAAGGCAGAGAUAAAGAAAAUUGUUUUUUUACGUGAGCAAUUAUUAUGAUUUGAAACAUGCUGGCUUAAAAGUUGAUAGAUGUAAAUUCAACAGUAAAUUUCAAAGGUGAAUCAGUUAAAUAUUUGAAGGGAUAAUUUUGCGGGUCUUAUGGGACUAAUUGGGUUGCUUCAUGUACUAUAUAAUUCAAUCCAAAACUGCCAGCUUUAAAUGCUGCUUUGCAGAUAAGACCAUAAGACAUUGGAGCAGAAAUUAGGCCAUUUGGCCCAUUGAGUCUGCAGGGCCAUUCAAUCAUGGCUGAUGAGUUUUUCAACCCCAUUUUCUCACUUUCUCCUGUAACCUUUGACCAGGGUUGGAGCAUCAUAAUUGGGCCUCAACAGUCCUGAGUUUAGGAAACAGGGGAAAGGUCCCAUACUGACUGUAAUCCCAUUGUUCCCGCUGGAAGUGGGCAAGAUUGGGUUUCAAUUGAUGCUGUCUGGGUGUGUUUGAUCAGUUGAUAGAAGUAUACAGAGUUAGAGGAAAGGAAAGGAGAAACUGGUGAAUCAUCUUUGGAGGCAGCGUAAUCUGUAAACUGACUCCAAUUCAAUUGAACAUGUCCUUACAGACACAACAGAAGCUGCACAUUUGACUGCUGUGGGUACAUAUACUGCACAGCAACUCAACAAUGUCACUUGAUCCUGCUUCCCAACUCUAUCCUGGGAAUGUGGCUCAGUAACUCUAUAAACCCUGUCCAAUUUACAUCAAGAUAAAGUUGCCAUAGUUCUGUUGGCACAUAGACUACUCUGCAUUACAAUCCGGCCAAAUAAGCUAACCAACCCUCAACUAUAACCUUCAGUGGCUCAGAAAUCAAUGGAACUGAGCGCUGCAGACUGUAUGGUGUGAUGUUCAACUGAUUCACUGAGUUCAGAGUAAUGAAGGUGGGAAAGGAGGGAGAAGAUGGGGAAAUCGACCAGCGUUCCCAGUCCUGAUUUACAUCGCAGAACACUCUGCUCUUUAAAUCUGUAUAGAUUGCUGCACAAACAGCUUGAGACUGAAGCCAGAAAGAAAUAUGAUUAAGUUAUACAUCCUGUGGUAGUGUUGUUUUCAUUCUUGUUUAUUGAAUUUUUAGUUUAAAUACUGUUGAAGUACCUCAUAUGUAUAUAUUUAUCUUCUCAUAGUGAAGGAAAACCAGUUCAUUUUAUUGACUAUUUUCUAACCUCACACAAUGAACAUUAUUGACUGUUAGCACAAUACAGAAUAGCUUCUAAUCAUCAUUCCCAACCUUAGAAGCCACAACCUGACAAUUCAUUCCAAAGUUUAAACACUUCUCUGCUGACAGAAGUACCCCCUGACAACUAACCUACAAUGUCAGGUUGGGCUUAUGUAGGGCCUUUGAAGUGUAAACGCACAAUAUGGACACUGAGCUAAUGAUAGAUAAGAUGGUGUGAUACAGUAGGAGGGCUUAGGUGAAUGACAAUUCAGUCAAGGAUAUGGCUUUUGACAGGGAUCUCUAUAGGAGGAGAGGCUGAGGGAGAGAACUCUGGCCUCCUAAGCAUCCUCCUAGUAGCUUCAUAGAGAUAUGAGAUGGGGUUGGGGGUUGGGAAUCUCCUGGCUGCUCCAUGGAGGAACUCUCUGGUGAUUGCCUUUCAUGGCCCUAAUAUCAUUGCUGGAGAGGUGCUCCUCCAGUUGCUGGUAUCUGCCUGCCUGGGCCUGACAGCUUGCCUUUUGACCCACCCUUCCAGGGCACAAUGACAAAGGGGUAGACUUUUCCCUCUGCCCAGGCCACCUCUGUCAGCAGCAUUACCCAGUGCUGACUUUGAUUGGCUGCCAGUUCUGAAGAGUGGACAGCAUGAUUAAUUGGCUGGAGAUAUAGCAACAGGAUUGGCCGGUGCCAGUAAAAUAGCCACCAUACAUCCACACAGUCGUCAGAUUACGGUCGCUCUCAACGUCAAGAUUCCUGGCUUGCUAGUAAUAUCCCAACCAUCAUUUCAAUGAACAAGUGAGUGUGCGAAUAGUCCGUCGAUGAAAUAGACUGCCCAUAGUAACAGAAGUUAACUUAUUCCAAUGCAGAUUUGCUGGAGCUUCAUCAGAAAGUCAGAUUUUGUGACAGAAUGCAUGGGUAUUUGAGACAACAGUUGGGAGGAUUGUAAUACACCUGAGAGGAAUCAAUGACCUAUAAUUCUCAAGACUGUCUAUCAUCAGUGAUUUUAUUUGCCCAAUAUCUGGGCUAUUGCCAAAAUGCUGAUAGGAUUUAAUUGUGAAGCUUAGUCAACAUUUCCAUUACCUUUGUAUGAUACACCACCAAGAGGCUAGACAUUGAACUGAAUUGUCUCAAUUCCAAUAACCUUCUAUUAACUGAGAAAAUUCAAUGUCCAUGAAGUAUGCUAAUUCCCAGAUAGAAGGGAGCCACACAAAUUAACUUUUUGUUAACAUUUUUUGUAGAUAUCUUAAGUCAAGAUACUUUGAAACACAAUCAAGCCAAUUAUGAGUCAGCAUCUAUUUGGUUGGAAGCAGUAGGGAGAUGUUUUGAGAUGAUUCUUGUUCUGGUUAGGAGCUAGGAAAAACAAAAGAGGAAGGCUUCAGAUUUUCUCCAGAUAAACUUGGAUUAGGAGCAGCUAUGAAAACUGACUCCACAAGAUUUUGAAAUUGGCACAGGUUAACCUUUGUUUAAUUAUCUCUUUGUUGGAGAUGGGUUCUAUUCUAUAACGCAUGUUUUUUCUUCUAUUGCUUUCGUUGUGUGGUGACUGGAAUUGGGGAAAUUUUGCAUUUAAUAAAUGAUAAAUUUAACUGUAUGCUGAUGGCGUAACAAAAUAUCAGUCAGGUGUGGAUUAGGAAACAGGUAGCACAUUUGGGUUUGGUGAUUCAGAAUGUGGGUGAUGUCCCACUCAGUCAUUCAGCUCUCUUGGAGUUCCAGACAGACUGAUUCUAGGGUGUGUAGCCUGUUUGCCCUGCUGGCUAGGACACUAUGUCCCCCUCAAGUUAGUACUGUAUGAAAGUCAGAAACACAAGUACCAAAGUCACUGAUUGGACCAUCUCUUGCAAGGACACAAAGAAGGAUUACUAUGGAGUAAAAGAUAGAAAGACAACUGAGCAGAAUUUGCCUACCCAGGGCCUUGGGUGACAUGCCAUUUGUCCUCAAUGCACCACAAUUGAGGUGCCAGUAACUUAGUAAGGACACUCGACCAUUGGCUGACCAUUGGCACUGGGUGGCGUGUGCCAAGUUAUGGGAGUGGGAUAGCCACUCUCUAACACAGUGAGAAACAGGCACCUGGCUGGCCACAAAACUGAGUUCUGUGUCAUAGAGGGAAGAGAACCCACUUCCACAGCUCCUUUCAUCACCCACUGAGAUGUUUUUUUACAGGCAAAGUAGUGCUUUUUGAAAGUGUGGUCUCUGUUGUAAUGUAGGAAAUGGGGUAGACAAUGUCUGUUAAACAUUAUCCCACAAGUAGACCUAUGGUAAUGACCUAGAGAAUCUGUUUUUGCAAAGUUGGUUGAAAACCGAUAUUGACUCGGAGACUGGAGAAAACUUCCACUGAAACAAUGCCAUGGAACCUGCUCUGUCCACCUGAGAGGGCAAACAGUGUGGGCUAAAAAAAAGGAGAGAGAAUGAGAGAGAAGCCUGUGAACACUGGCUUCCUCUGGAAGGGCAGGAUUCUCAUUUCACAACUCACUUUGUGUGAAUUGAUAGCACUUCUUGAUCAACUCUGGUUACUGCAGGAGGUUUCAUUUCAGAAUAUUAAUCCAUCUUUAAGCAUUAGCCCUCAGCAAAUCUGUCCAACCAGGUCAUACUUUCCACCUGUCUUCAUCUAUCCCCACUUCACUACCCUGCUCCUGUCACCCCCUUUAUCUGAAGUUCCUCUUACACCCACCCCCAGUCCUGGAGAAGGGUUACAUCCAAAACGUCGACUUCUCCACCUCCUGAUGCUGCCUGGCUCACUGUGUUCUUGCAUCCUCCUGCCUGUCUACUUUGGAUUCCAGCAUCUGCAGUUUUUUUUUUGGUCUCAGCAAAUUUGUGGCAAACGUGGGUUAAACAAUAACAUCAGUGCUUUAGAUUUUUAUACAUUUGUAAAUAUCAGUAAAUCUUUAACAAGUUUCCAGUCCAGAACACUAUGUGUAGUCUGGCGUUUAGUGUGAUUAUCAAUCAUUCCCAGGUCACCUUUAACACACAAAAGUGCUCUGUCUUGCAUUCGCUGCUGCUUCAGAAUUGUAACCCUACGUAAACAUGCAUCAUACUGAAUCAUGACACCGGAAAUGAAUGAGUAACAGUUCAAGGUGAAUUCCAGACACUCUGUACCUACCUGCUGGGGAUUGAGGUACUCCAAUCAUAUUCCAUUCAUACAGACUAUGUAACCUCCAAGCAGAGCUAGCAAUGCCAGGAAUAGGGUAAGGGUCAUCAUCGAGCUCAUUUCUUAUACUGUCACUAAACAAACAGGUUAAAAACACAAUUAAGACUGUUCCAGGAGUUCUGCUGAAUGGGAAAGUGAUUGGGAUAUCAGGAAAGGGAAUUUGCUUCCUACGCCAAUUCUCCAAUCAGUACUCCUCACUUUUUCUUCCCACCCCAUUACCUUUUUCCACCCAGCCUCCCCCGUACACCAUCCCUCUAAACCCACUCCCACUCUACCACUGAUCUCUCUCCCCAACACACCUCCACACCAAUCCAGCCCCCACAGCAUCACUCACCUUCCGUUCUACCACUGCCCCCUGUCGAGAAAUGAAUAAGUCAGAGGAUUUUCCCUCAUAUUGGAAUUACAGCAUGGCUGGUCAAACCUAGUCAGUGCUUCCUCUCCUAACUGUGUCUCAGUCCGGAAGUUAGAGUGAGAUGGGGGUUUUUCUUCUAAAUAGAUUCUUAUUGAUCUGUGGAAUGAGGCCUUUCUGUGAUAAUGGUUAAGGCAGUUUUGUUCUCUGCUGGGAAGGAGACCUGUGUCUGAAAAGCCUUUGGUUUCUGAAUUUUACAAAAGUGUUGUCAAGUAUAAGAAUUAUAAGAAGUAUAAUUAUCCACUGCUUUCAAACAGAUAUUAUUAAUACAUUAAGACUUAUGAAAUAAAAAUACUAAUUUUAUAA